AUGAACAGGGCAAUAGGAAAGAGGAAGCCUGGUUGGGUCCUCUUCUCGCGCUUCAAAAGUGACAUAAGGACUGUACCAAGGAGAGACAAAAGUGAUCAUUACGAAAAGAUAAAAACUGUUAUUCGAGGGGAGAAGAAAGUAAAAUUUAAAAAUAUUUUCCUUGGGGUUAGUUUAAUCAAUGUGACCACUUUCCUGUUUACACUCUCCAAUUAUUAUGCCAAGGGGGAUGAGAACUACUACGACGUCAACGACAUCGGCGUUGUGGACCAUAUUGUCUUAACUGAAUUUGUGAGCUCAUUGGGGUUGAACAAUUUGCCCGUAUAUUUGCAAAACAGAUUUUUUCACAAAUUGGUAAAAAGUGUACAGGAUGAAAAUUACUCCUUUAAGGAAAAUGCCCUAUUAGGGCUAUUGGAAUUAUUUUACAAAAAUAAAAGCGCCUUUAUCAAAAUUGAAAAGGAAAAUAAGGAGGAGCAUACACAGUUCAUAAAAUACAUUUUUGCAAAAUUGCAGGAAGACGCAAAUUUGGAAUACACGAAGAAGAAAAUUUAUUCCUCCAUUUUAUUUUACUACAUAAAGCAUUCCGAUCAUAAUUUGUCCAUGUCGUAUGAACAUGUCCAGGAAAUAGUGAAUAAUCCAAACCUGUUUUAUAACCUGCAACAGAGGGAAGAAAUUAUUUCCUACUUACUCCUCAAAAUUGUAAAAAAUGAAAAAAAUGUCGCAGAAAUAUAUGCCAAGGAGAAGGAGUUUAUCGAAGCGUAUACAAGUGAAGCAGAGUCUACUCAUCCCGAAUUGGUUAACGAUGAAGCGAAGAGAAAAAAUUCAUACAUACCCAUCAUUCAAUUUUUAAUUUCACAAAAAGGGGAAAAUAAGAAUGGAGAAAAGUCCGUUUGGGAUUUUUACUACGCUGUGAAAAAGAACAAUGAGGACUACUACAAACAGGAAUGCCUCACGUUGCUGCAGAAUUAUUUUGAUAAAAUUAAUUCUCCAUUUUGCAUAGACAAUAACGACGUGUGUGUGAAGAAGAACAACUACAACAGUAUUAUGAACAAAAUUUAUUUGAAAUAUUUCGAAAAUACUGUUAUUUACACCUUUUUUUUUUCGUUCGUAUUGCAUAAUAUUAAUGCAAAGGAGUACACCCUGAUGAAUUACCUUUUUGCUGCCAAGGACAUCUUCAGGAGUGUGUACUCCAACUGCCUCAUCAAUGCCAUGUUGUUGGUCCAAAAAGCAGUCACACAGAAUUUGAGCAUGCGCGAAGAUGAGCGAUCCUGCAUUGUUGCGGCUUUCCUCUUCAACCAGCUGAACGCGCUCGCCUUUUCCGCCUCCCUGUAUAAGUGCAAAUAUGCGCUGGUCCCCCUGUUCUUCUCGCAAAUCGUCAAGGACAACUUUUUCCUCUGA